AUAUGAUAAGAGUAAUUCUUCUCUGUUAUGACUCCACACCCACAGGAAUUCCUGCUAGUCUACAGGGUUGCAUAGAAGGAAUGUAUUAAACUUAAAGAACCAAAUGUGAAUUUUGUUUAAAGAGGCAGGAAUUGAAAGCUAGUUUGAAGAGUUCACAACUGACCAUAUUUACAAUGGAACCAGAGGAGGACGAAGACAAUAAUGGAAAAAAUGAUAUUGAGACUUCAGUACUGAAUAAAAAGCCAUUGAAGGUUUUUGGGCAUCCACUAACAAAUACACAACAGAUGUGGCUAGGUUUUAUGGUGCCAGCUUUCAUAUCUACCAUUAUUUUCAUGUCAAGUUUUGCAUUAGAUAUUGCAGUAGCAUAUCAACUUUUGAGAGAUGGACAUCCAUUGCUAGCUGGAGGAACUAUAAUGCUAGUGUACACCCCCUCAAUUGUCUGCUUGGUCUUAACUCUGAUGAGCAAUCCGAAACUGGAUAGAAUUUGUGAUCGGAUUAUAUGGACAGUCAUUCAGUUUCUGCAAUGUAUCCUAUUUCCUGUGGGCAUCAUACACAGAUUUGCGACACGCUUAUUUUGGUCUGUAGUAGCAUUAACAGAGGAAAAUCCUCAAAGGGAAAAAGCUUUGAGUAUUGCUGCUGCUAGUCACCACACAGAAAUAUUUUUCUUUUUGGACUCAUUUCUUAAUGCAGCUCCACAAGCUCUACUUCAAGCUUACAUUCUGCUCAGUCCGCAGAUUGUCACAACAAAUGAAACUGGUUGGACUCAAGCAAUCAGUAUUGUGACAUCUGUUAUCACAGUGUCAAAAACAGUGGCAUUAUAUCAGAGAUUUGAAAGCCAGCAAGUAGUUGGGCGUCCUGUUCCAUGGAAGACCGAAAGAACUGAAAGUCACACAAAAUCCUUAGUCCGCAUUAAAAAAAUUGAUCCAUAUCAUCUCAUGGGAAUUGAAAAAUCUAAUGAAGAAGGAAAACAAAUAUCAAUCAGGCCAAAAUUAUCACUUGUUAUAAAUCCUACACCUGAUGUGAAUUUCCAGCAAGAAACAAACCAACAAGAAGAAAUGCAUGAAAAUCUGGAAUCUGCAGACGCCACCCAAAAAAGAGUGGAAGAUAAGGGAACAAAUCCAGAGGAAAACAAGGAUCAAAGAUCUGAACAAAAAUUAGAAACUGGAGAGGAAGCAAACACAGAAUAUAGAGAUGAUGAUAAACAAAACCGAUACCAGGAAGAAACCAAACAAGAACCGAAAGAAACAGAUGAUCUUUUGCCGACUCCAGCAUUUGAUUUCCCACCACAAGCCACAACUUCACACUAUUUGGUUCCGAUUACAAUAGAACCUGCACCUCUGGAGGAACUGUGUUUUUGGCCACGUAUAAACACACCACCCUCUUCACCAACGGCAGACCCCCACAUGAGACCCAGACUUUCAAUUAAUACAAUUAGAAGUCAAAAUAGGCCAGCCUACACUUCCCAAGUAGCCCUCCCUCUACGGAAGCCAAGUACACGAAUCAAAGGACUACAUGAGGAUGAGCCAUUGGGCAUUUUCACAGUUUUCCAUGCUUGGUCAGCCUUUCUCUUGGGUCGAGUUCUUGUAAUAGCAGCCUUUACCCAUUUCUACUUUUGGCCUUCUCUUGGCUUACUGCUCGGUCACUAUACAAUCAUGACAGCAUACAUUUUUUUCUGUAACCCAUGUCCAAAUUUUUGGGCUAUUCUAUUGGGUUUCAUUUUUAUUCUAUGCCCUAUAGAAGUGAAGGUAAGAUAUACAUUUCCUCGCAUUUUUCUUGUAUUUUUCUUUGCCCUUGUUUUCUUAGAAGAUUUGGCUACAGUGAUUUUGUGGUACUGUGGAGCUGAGUGGGAAAGUACAUGGUAUGAUUUUGCUUUUGCAUUUAUCUUAGGUUGUCAUGGUACGGCAGCCUUAAAUGGCAUCCUAUAUUUUUUCAUGUUCAAGCCUAAGGCAAAAUAUCUAGAUAACAGCAAAGCAUAACUGAUCCUCAAUUUACAAUAAAAGGCUUUUGUGGUAAAUUAAUCUCAA